GAGUGAGAGAGAGAGAGAGAGAGAGAGAGAUGAAAUCCAAUUUUGCAAUCUUCAUCAAGCUGUUAUUUGUACAAUGUCUAGCAAUUGGUUGUGUUUCACAGGGUUUCGAUUUCUUCUACUUCGUACAACAGUGGCCAGGAUCAUACUGCGACACAAAACAAAGUUGUUGCUAUCCAACAACUGGAAAACCCGAAACAGAUUUCGGCAUUCAUGGGCUUUGGCCUAACUACAACGACGGCUCGUACCCGUCCAACUGCGAUCCUGACAGCCCUUUCCAUCAAUCCGAGAUUUCAGACCUGAUCAGCAGAAUGCAAACAAGUUGGCCAUCGCUAGCCUGCCCAAGCAGCAAUGGUUCGGCAUUUUGGUCACACGAGUGGGAGAAACAUGGGACCUGCUCCGAGUCAGACCUUGACCAGCAUGGAUACUUUGAAGCUGCUCUGAGCCUCAAAGACAAAGUAGACCUCCUCCAAAUUCUCAAAAGUUCAGGAAUCCAAGCAGACGGGAGAUCUUACAGCAAAAGUAGCAUAAGUGAAGCUAUAAGAGGAGCAACUGGGUAUGCUCCUGGGAUAGAAUGUAAUGUUGAUGCAUCGGGAAAUAGCCAGCUUUACCAGAUUUAUCUUUGUGUAGACACGUCUGGGUCCAACCUCAUCAAAUGUCCGGUUCUACCAAAUGGGAGAUGUUCCUCCAUUGUUGACUUCCCUUCCUUCUAAUCUAGGAUACAUGUCUCUCACUCUCUGUCUCUGUCUUUGUUUGCUUAAAUGAGGUGGAAAAACAACUUAUUAAUUGAAUGUAGAAGCCAAGUGUGUGUGAAAGUGAGACAUGUCUCCAUCCCCAUAAUAAAAUUGUGGACAACAUUUGGCAA